AAGCUAUAUAUAGGGAGGAGGCCAUAGGGAAGAUCCCACAUCACUUUUAGGACUAGCGAUCAGCGAACAACACCAUGCCCCACAGGACCUUUCCCAUUCUGCAUCCCAGCAUUUAAACCAGGCUGAAUCGGAUUGUUUAGUGGACGCAGAACAGCCGUCACUGCAGCCCCUGAAGUGAGAGACCAGACGUGGCACAAGCGCAGCAGCAUCUGACAGAGCUCACCUGGAGAAUUACUCUUGGCUGAAGUGAACACGCUACAUAGGCGCAAAGAUGAGUUGCCACGAAAUAUUUGUGAGCAUCAUAACACCAACAGGAAUACUGUGCUAUAUUGUUAAAGCAAGUGACUUUUCCAGUAACCACACAUCCCUAGCUGAAGAAAAGAGAAAAACAGCAGAAGCAGCAAAGCAGAAAGCAAUUGAGAUUCUGAGAGAUGCCCUGAGGAAGAAGGACCGAGUGCUGAUGGAGAAGCCCCAGGAUUUGGUUUUUGGUGAUAGUGGAGAUCACAAAUUCUGGAUGGAACGCCACGCGAUACUGACAGAAGAGUUAGUUCGAUGCCUCAUCUCAGAGCUGGAAGGUGUGAAGUUUAAGGAGGAUCUAACCUGGGGAAAUAGAUAUGCUUAUGUUUAUCCAAAGUCUGGUGACAAAACAGUGUAUUUGUGCCCGCUAUUCUGGGAGGCUUCCACAGAUCUUGGAGAAGGUUCUCAGCCAGGGAUUCUUAUCCACGAAGCGUCUCAUUUCCUGGGGAUACGAGAUAUCACCUAUUCCAAGGAGACUAUUUCUGUUGCCUGCAGAGGGAAGUUGGCAAAGUUGAAAGUUGGUUCAGAACCCAGUGUCCCAGAUCUGAAUUCGCUUGGGAAAGCAGUAUUAAAUGCUAACAACAUUGAGUAUGAAUUUGAAAUUACCCUAAAUCACAAAGGAAGAUACAAGAAUGGAAAAUACUCCUGCUGUGGGGAAAAAGCCGUGAACUCAGUUUGUGAGAGAGCUGUGCCUGAUGAGUUUCUGAUUCACUAUUUCAGGGAAAGCUCACUAGGAAGGAAGAAGAUCAAUGAAGUGCUGCAGUCGUUAUUGCCGGCAAGAGACAGAUUGCAGAAACUCUUCUCUCAGCUUCGGGAAAUUGCAGAUGAGAUUGACAUGGUCCACAAAGGAGCAACAAUAGCAAACAUUACUGGAGGGACAGUGGGAAUAGCUGGGGGAAUAACGACCAUUGUAGGCCUCUGUCUUGCUCCCGUUACAUUUGGGGCAUCUCUGAUAGUCUCUCUCACAGGACUGGCUGUUUCUACAGCAGGGGGGCUGACUAGUGUGGCCGCAACCACUACAGAUAUAGUGGCAAGUAAAGUCAAGAAGGAAACAGUAGAGAAACUCUUACAGGAGUGUCAGGCCGAGUUGGAAAAUAUCCAAGAGGCUACACAAUGCUUGGAAAGUUGUGAAGACUUUGCUUUUAUGUUUCCAGUCACACAGAUAGGGGCAGGGGUAGGACGAGCUGCCUUUAACAUCCCCAAAAUGGUCAAAGCUGGGCAGCUCCUGGCUAAUGCUGGUAAAGUUGCAAGAUUUGCAGGAGCUGCUACCCAUGUUCUAACAGCUCUCACCCUGGGGUUAGAUAUUUUCUUUGUAGCAAAGGAUUCUGUGGAACUCCACAAUGGCGCAAAAACGGAGUUGGCAGCUAAUAUCCGAGAAGCCGUCAAUGAAAUGGAAAAAGUGAUUGGCCAAGUCAAUGAAAUGGAGCAAAUAAUUUGCCAAAUCAAUGAAAUUUACAAGGCACUAACUGCAGGUAAACAAGAGUGAAUUUUGGGCAAAAAUCAGUGGCUCAGUCCUGCAAGAUGCUGAACAUCCAUCCCCACUGCCUUCCACAGGGACUGGAGGGAUUCAGCGCCCCACAUCAUCCUGCUUUUUAGCCUAGUGAUGUUCCUACUGAACACACCCACUCCCAGGCCCCACUCUUUAUGUAUGCACAUUCAUGAUUACUACAUUUUACACAUAUUAAAACCAGUCCUAAAAUUA